AAAAAGGACAAAAAUGAAAGGAAAAGAAAAGCGAAGCGAAAGCCAAGAGAGAUUCGAUCGGGCGAUCGAGCCGAACGACCCAGGGCGACGCGACGCAAGUACCUCACGGGCCUCGCCGUCUUCCCCACCCGCUCCCAUGCCCUAGCAGCAAGCGAGCGCGCACGCACGCACGCGGCCGCAGCCUUCCAGCGAGCGAGCGAGAGCGCCCGUUCGAGCCCAGCCCGAGGUCUUCUCUUUGGUGCGCUCAUGAUUUAGCACCAGCCAUAUUGACCUCCAACUCUGGUGACAUAGGCUGUUGCUAGGGUAGCAAAUCAAGAGCUAAGAAUGGCGGAUUCAAUGGUAGCGAGCUUCUGGGGUCCUGUUACAUCAACGACCGAGUUGUGCGAGGAGAAUUAUGCACACUCAUCAUAUAUUGCAGAAUUCUACAAUACCAUCUCUAAUGUUCCAUGCGUUCUUUUGGCGCUUAUUGGACUGGUGAAUGCUUUCCGCCAAGGUUUUGAGAAACGGUUCAGUGUCCUGCACAUAUCCAAUAUGAUACUUGCUAUUGGGAGUAUGAUUUUCCAUGCCACCUUGCAACAUGUCCUACAACAGAGUGAUGAGACUCCAAUGGUGUGGGAGAUCCUUCUAUAUAUGUAUGUCCUCUAUUCACCGGACUGGCAUUACAGGAGCACCAUGCCUACAUUCCUUUUCCUAUAUGGUGCUGCCUUCGCUGUAGUUCAUUUCUUUGCCCGGUUCCAACUAGUAUUCAAGUUGCAUUACAUUGGCCUCUGCCUCCUCUGCAUCCCUCGGAUGUACAAGUACUACAUACAGACAAAAGACGUGGCUGCGAAGCGGCUUGCGAAGCUGUGGGUUCUUACAUUAACCCUUGGAACUCUCUGCUGGCUAGUUGAUCGCAUCUGCUGUAAGAAGCUUUCACAUUGGUAUGUCAACCCCCAGGGGCACGCAUGGUGGCAUGUGCUCAUGGGCCUUAACUCAUACUAUGCGAACACAUUCCUAAUGUUCUGUCGGGCUCAGCAACGCGGGUGGGAGCCAAGGAUUACCCACCUUCUUGGAUUUUUGCCUUAUGUCAAGGUCCAGAAACCAGAAAAGAGGGAAUGAGUUAUAUUUGUGUUGAAUACUGAUGCUAUUCAGUCAGCCACCAGUAAGCUAAUGGCCUCCAAUAUGCGCAGACAAGUUGUGGCAUUUUUGUAUAUGGGCAUCCAAAUGAUUACGGACUAUAAAUGUUCUGAUGUCACACUAGAUUUUGGUAACUUAAACUGACACCUGUUUUGUACCAUACUUAAUCGUGGAACAGAGAUUAGUUGGAGUGUUGGUGUCCUAGUUUUGCCCAUCUUCCUUUUGGUUCUUUGCAGUUAUCUUUUGGUGCUAAUAGGACUGAGUCUUAUUUAUUUAUUUGUUCGUCGUUGAAUGGAGUCCAGUUGUAUUAGUUACUACUCUGCAUGGAGAUAGAUCCAUCCAUAUGAUAACCAUUGAUUCUUUUGACUGAAGUUA